AUGCAGCCCUCCAAGGUUCUACCGUAUUAUUUUAAGGCCGUCAGAGACUUCGAUCCCGACUCCGUCACCAUCACAACGCUGAUCACCUUUGACCGAUACCCGAUCUUCAGCAAACUGGUCACGAACUACCAGGGCCCGAUUUCAGUUUCGAUCCAUAUCACCGAUGAUGAGAACCGCGAUGAGAAUCUCUCAAAGCUGCAGGACAUGUACAAUUCGAACCCAUACAUGCGUGAGUUUGUAGACGUCCAUGUAGUGGUAGAUAAGUUUGAUCGACAGUUCAACAUGUGGCGCAACGUCGCCAGGUUCUUUGCGCGGUCUGACUACUUCAUGAUGCUUGACGUCGACUUUCACAUCUGCACAAAUUUGCAGCGCCAUCUUUCACUGGACCCUAGGGCUCGAAAGUUGAUGAGAUCAGGAGCAGCAAUAGUCCUGCCAGCGUUUGAAUAUGUGAAGCAAGAUGAUGGAGUCGAUUCUGCAACGUUCCCAAAGGACAAGAAGGCACUGAUUCGGCUCGUUCAGGAGCGCAAGGUUACAACUUUCCACGAUUUUUUCCCGAAGGGACACAACUCGACUGACUAUGAGCAAUGGUACAAAACGGAUGCAGCAUAUAAGGUCACCGCAUAUCAGCACUCGUACGAGCCAUAUGUCAUUUUGAGGAAGGAAGGGACGCCGUGGUGCGACGAGCGUUUCAUUGGAUAUGGUGCCAAUAAGGCUGCCUGCUUGUUCGAAAUCUAUAUCUCAGGAAUCGAUUACUGGGUUCUCCCACAGGAUUUUAUUAUUCACCAGUCGCACUCUUACAAAGAAGAGACCCGGAAACAGGAGCGGAAAUACAACCGCAGGUUGUACCAAAAUUUCCAAGAAGAGGCGUGUUUCCGAUAUUCAAGGAAUUUUUUGCAAGCAAACCAGUGGGACAGCUUCAAGACCAAGAAUCUAAAGGAGCAAUGUAACAAGAUUAGGGGGUUCAAGCAGGCUAUGGCAAAUGCAAAUAUUUGA